AUGGCCGGUAGCUUUAGUUGCGGCGAGGCGAUGCCGGCGACAGACGUGGCGGCGCUGCUCCGCACGGGCGUGGGCCUCUACGAGGCCGGCGAUUUGUCGCGCGCGAGAGAACUUGCGGAGGAGGCGCUUCAUGCCGCGGAGCCGCGCAACGAGGAGUCCUUCGCUGAGGCGCUGCUCCUUCUGUCAAACAUUUACUGCGCCGCGGAGGACUUCGCAGAGGCGGAGCGGUUAGUCACGACGUGCUGCUGCUUCGUGGAGGAGCACCUCGGCGCUGCACACCUCGGCGCAGCCACGGCGCGGCUGAACAGGGCAAUUAUUUUGCUGGAGCGCUACCGCCUGCAGGGCGGCGCCGCAGCGGAGGUGGGGCGCGCGUACGACCUCCUUCAGGCAGUAGAGCGGCGACUGGAGGACAACGUCGGAAGCGCGGCGAGACUGCUACUUGCGGAAGUGCUGCACAACAGCGGCGUCUGCUGCGAGCUUGUCGGUCGCUACACAGACGCCCUUACGGCGUACAUGCGCUCCAUGCAGAUCCGCGUGCGCUACACGGACGCGGCAGGCGUAACUGACAUGAAACUCGCCCUCACGAUGGAGCACGUGGCGAUGCUGUACCGUUUGAUGGGCGGGGCGAAGCUGCAGGCAGCGCUGCGGUUGAUGGAAGCCGUGGCGGCAACGCGGCGGCGCUACAUUGGCCCGCGGCACCCACUCUACGCCUCGGCUAUAUUGGCGCAGGGGGUGAUUGCGGCGGAGUUGGGCCACAAGCGUCGCGCCGCGGUGUUGCUGCGCAACGUGUUAGAGAUACGAACGCGCUUGUACGGCGCGGGUGACCCACAGACGCGUUGCGUGGCGCAGCUGCUUGGAGAGACGGCGUAG